AUGCAAAAGUGCCUUUACAGUCGAUGUCAUUCACAUAAAGAAAGAACGAGUUCUUCAUCUCACUUCGGUAUCGUUCAGUCUCUUUAUGUCAAUAAUGGAAUCGCACUUAGUUCAGAAGUUCUUGUCAAAAACCUGACACAUUCAAUGCUAUCCAAUAAUCAAUACUGGAAUUACUUAACUAUUUUUGUGUUAUACUAUUUCCUAUUGAUCAAACCCGUGUCAAAUCAAGGCUUAGCGUGUUUCAAAUGCAUGACCACAAAUCCAUCCGACGACGGGUGUCGCGAUCCAUUUUCUUCAGUGAUUAAUCCAGUGCAGAUUAAUUGUCAGGCGACAUCGGUGGGCAAAAAUGGAACAUUUCCGGCUCGAUUCUGUGUUAAAAUUAGCGGUCGGGUGUUAAGCAUCGAUAGCGGUGGGAAUAGUUCCUUGUUAAACACAUUUAUCUAUUAUCGAACAUGCGUUGUUGAUAACAUCAUGGAAUCCACCAAAUCCUUGGAAUCAUCCGGCAAUUUCCGAUUGAAAAAUUUUCAAAAUAUGCCCGGUACAAUUCGUCUUCAAGGUACGAUGUCCCUUUGUAUAUACGAUGGAUGUAAUCAAGCAAGAAACUAUUGUUCGUCAUUAUCAAUUAUUCUUAUGUCUAGUUUCUUUCUAAUAUUUAAACACUAUUAUUAA